AUGUCGUCUCCCAUCCGCUCAAUCUCCGAAUCCUCCACCAUUCCCGACUUCAAUGUUGUCCUUUUUGGGGCGGCCAAAGUUGGCAAAUCGGCUCUCGUUCGUCGAUUUCUCAAAAACAACUUUAUUGAGGAGUACCGACCGACGGUUGAAGAAACCUACUCCACGGUUCUUCAAACAAUGAGCUGUACAUGCACACGUCUGGUGUUGAUUGACACUGCAGGCCUGCAUCCCUUUCCGGCGAUGCGCGAGUUACGAAUGCGGACAGGCAGUGCUUUUGUUUUUGUUUUCGCUUAUGAUUCCACUGACUCUCUCCACGAGGCCAUCCGACUCCACACUGACCUCCAACGCGUCAAAGGGGACAAGUUUGACCCAAAAAGCGUGAUCUUUGUGGGGAACAAGGCGGACGUUCUAACAGUCCCAUCAAUCGUGGAGGAUGGAGACGGGGAGCGAGUAGUAGGAGGGAUGGAGACGGAGGAAGAGUCAUCACGGCGAUCAAGCGGAUCGGUGUUGACAUCAGCAGCGGACGAGCUGCAGACAACGGCACGAACCCUACUGGAUCGCCUCGGCUGUCCACUGAUCGAUACCAGCGCACGCCUCGGUUUCAACGUCCUCGAGGUCUUCCAUUCAGUCCUCUGGCCCAUGUUACUCGCUAAUUCAAACCUUGCUGGUCGUGUCACUCCCGCUGACAUCGCUAGUGGACACUGUGGAGAGGACUCACCAAAUCGAGGGCCUCAGGAGACUGAGGCUCUCAAUAAGAAGAUCAGCUGGCCUUGGGGCAACGCCUCAGAUCAUCCCGCAGGGCUUUCAAUCAGCCCUAAUUUCAGUCCAACCAUGCAGCCCUCCCCCGGUCGCUCUCGGAUGCAUACGGAACGUCUUCGAAAAAUCAGCUGCGUUGAGAAUGAGAUUUUAACCAGAGGCACACUCCUCGCGGCUAAAGAAGAAGUGAACCGGAAAUUCAGUAUAGGUUCACGUCUCCUCCCCUCCCCACAUGGUCACAAUCACCAAUGCCGUCACCCUAACUGCAACAACAAUCUUCUCGCCGUUAACAAUACCUACAAUUUACCCGCUUCUCGCAGCCACUCGGUCGACAAUUCACUGGCAGAGAAGGUAGACAACUACCGGGACUCGAACUCUACUGGAAGCGUUUACUCUGGCCGCAGCUACAGUUCGCUCAGCUCGGUAGAGAAGGAGAACUUCUGGAAGUUAUCUGUCUCUUCUGACACGCGUUGCAGAUACGGUCGUCUCCUCAGUCCCAGUCCGAAACGAACCUCCAGAGAUUGCGAGCUGGUCGUGGACACAUGUUUGCACUCACUGGACUUUGUUCAGGAGGUGGGUUACUACCUGGAUCCUUCACACCGCCCAGAGGACACUAGUGAGCCACGAGUGCCGCAAGCGCCUUGCCUGCAGGUGAUGAAUAUGGGGCGUCGUGGCCGAUCGCCACAGCAACUGUCAUCAUUACCAUCAAUUCCACGGGAAAGGGUGAAGAAGCGCAGCGUUUUCAGUCAAUCGAACUUCUGUCUGGUAGACCAAAUCUGUGAGGCGAAUGAGUCCACAAGCCCGCGCAGUGAACAUGAAUUUAACCUCAUUGUGCCGGAGUCACAUAGGAAGGGGAUCAGUGGGAGUGGUAGCAAGGCAUCGAAUUGCAAAAUUAGUUGA